AUGGAUAAAUUGAAUUAUAUACUAAGCCAAUGGCCAAGACUACAUUUUGCCAACAAUACAUCUAAAAAGAGUGGCAGUCUUCAAUUAAAGUCUCAUAAAUAUCUACUUAAUGUUGUUUAGAAGACUCUCCUAUAUGUAAAAGAAAGGGCCGGAGUUGGUGGGGUUUUUUGUAGCCAUACAUGACAAAACCCUUUGAAAGCAAGUACAGAUUUUUGAAAACUUACUUUUUUGAGAGUUUAUUAAUUUUAUACAUGGGUACAACAAGGUCACCAAUUCACCAUCAUCGACCAAUCGGCCAUCGUUGCCGUUGCCAUGGGAAGUUCUUAGCCAAGACGAUGUCAGUUCCGCCUAUUAAGCCGAUUGGGUAGUUCGAGUAGCCAGCAGGGGCUUUGUGGGCCAGUGACCGGGGCUGUCAAAGUUUGGACAAUAGUUUGUGUGAACUGUCGGGUUGGUUUGGCGAGCUGCGGGGCUGAACCGGUGGUGCUUUAUUUUUCGGGUGGGGGAAGCAAGUCUAAGGAUAGAGUGAUUUGUCCCGAAUCCGGCACACAUGGCACAUCAAAUGAAACAUAUCGUGAAAAUAUUUACAAUCUUGGUCGCUGUAUCUUCCCUUUGGAUGUGGUUGCUUAAGACGGCUGUUUUUCCAGAAAGUUAUACUUGGUUGCUGCCAAUUUAUUUCAUCGUGUCGCUAGGGUGUUAUGGAUUAGUAAUGGUUGGAGUAGGCCUUAUGCAGUUCCCUACUUGUCCCCAAGAGGCAGUUCUUUUACAGCAGGACAUUGUUGAAGCCCAGACCUUCCUGAAGACAAGAGGAGUUGAUGUUGGUUGAUCCAUGGCAACUGCCCAACAUUUCCUUUUCUUCUUAUAUGAGAGAGUUUGCUUUAUCUUGUGAAGCUUUCCACUUUCCUGCACAAUGUUUUUAAUUGAUAAAAAUGAUGAUUUAUAUAGCUGGUGAUGGGGCAUGAUACAAAUAUAUAUAUUUUAAUUUUUUUUAAUGAUAAUGAUGAUUUGCAGUCCCACACAAGGAGGGCAGGUUGCAGUAAAAUUCAUGAAUGACUUUCUUGACAUAAAACUCAGAUCAAUAAGGAUUGAAGAUCUCGACUUACGAUGAAGAAAACAACUCUCUCAACCACACUUCGAAUGUUGUAUACGGAGUAUAAAAAAGUUUCGAGAAUUUA